AUGUUUAAGUUUUUAUUGCUGUUUUCUAGUUUUUAUUAUGUGUUGUGUUAUGAAGUACCUAAAGCGAAGUUCCAAGCAAUUUAUCCCAAAGGACUCAAAGUGAUUAUACCAGAUGACGGCUUCUCUUUGGUCGCUUUCCAUGGAAAGCUGAACGAAGAGAUGGAUGGCCUCGAAGGUGGUACCUGGUCAGCAGAUAUACCUAAAGCGGAUAACGGAGAAUGGAUAUUCCGAGAUAAUAAUGUGGAGUUGAAGAUGGGAGAUAAGGUUUACUUUUGGACCUUUGCUAUUAAAAAUGGACUAGGGCACCGACAAGAUGAUGGAGAGUGGACUGUGGAUGGAUACGUUGACGCAUUUGGCAACCCUGUUAUAGUUCAAGAUGGCACAACCGAAGCGCCAACAACCACACCACCCACUACACCUCCCACUACGCCUACCACCACACCUCCCACCACAACUUCCACCACUCAGGCCCCAAAACCAACCACAGAUUCCUCCGGCCCUUACAAAUACCCGUGCGAGAUAUCCCUGACUAAAGUGACCACACCAGGGUUUGUUUGCAAGGGUCAAUUAUUGUUUGAGGAUACGUUUGAUGGUGAUAUUGACAAGGGGAGGAUAUGGACACCUGAAAUUAAAAUGCCUAAUGCACCAGAUUUUCCAUUCAACGUAUAUUUGUAUGACAAAAAUGUGCGAUCUGACGACGGAAAGUUGAUAAUAGAACCAAUGACCCUCGAAUCGAAGUAUGGUGAUGGAUUUAUUUGGGAAACUCUAGACCUCACGCUUAAGUGUACUGGCAAAAUUGGCACCCCAGAAUGUUACAGAGAAGCAGCGGGUCCAGAAAUCCUACCACCGAUCAUUACUGGGAAAAUUAAUAGCAAGCGUAGUUUUGCUUUUAAAUAUGGCAAAGUUGAAGUCGUCGCCAAAAUGCCGCUUGGAAACUGGCUAAUACCUGAGAUUCAGCUUGAGCCACGGUUCAACGAGUACGGAUCGCGGAGGUAUGCCUCGGGUCUAUUGAAGAUUGCACUUGUUAAAGGGAAUGUGGAGUACGCAAAGAAGCUCAUGGCAGGACCGAUUAUGUCCGAUUUUGAACCUUACAGGAGUAUGUAUCUGAAAGAAAAAGUCGGUUACGAGAAUUGGAAUAAAGCCUAUCAUAACUAUACUCUUGUUUGGACACCAGAUGCGAUUGAAAUGUAUGUGGAUGGUGAGAAGUACGGCGAGGUAGACCCGGGUGAAGGCUUCUAUCAAGAAGCAAUUAAGCAUCACGUUAGAGCAGCAUCCAGAUGGUUGAAAGGAUCCGCCAUGGCACCAUUUGAUGAACUGUUCUAUAUAUCCCUCGGACUUCGAGUUGGUGGUAUCAACGAGUUCCCGGACGCGACAAAUAAGCCGUGGAAGAAUCGUUCAGCGAAGGCUGCUCUCCAGUUCUGGAACCACCGCGACGAGUGGCUUCCCACUUGGUUCUCUGAUACCAGUCCUUUAAGCAUCGACUCUGUUAGAGUUUAUGCUCUAUAA